AAUGCUUUGCUGAUCAGACUGCAGUUGUGUUUGGGGGAAGUUGGCAGCUGGCGGCUCACGGCGAAAGGCUUUCCCCUCUCUCCGGCGUUUGGACAGUGGAAUUAUGAGCAAAGCUGACCCAACCUCUAUCAACCUGUCUUGAAUCUGUUUCUGUUUCACACCGAGAGAAAUUAAACCGACCAUGGAGAUUGGACUCCGCAUUCUCUUGGCUUUCCUCAUCCACCAGGUUGCCCACGUGGGUGCCCAACAGGAUGGACGCCAUGAGGGCUGUGUGCCUGGCUUCCAGGUCAAACAAUACCAGGUGGCAUACAGUGGACCUUUCCAGAAAGGCCAGCCACUUAUACAAGUUGAGUUUGAUGAUUGUGCGGGUAACGAGGACGUGGCGUUUGAGUUGUCGGACCCCAACUUCCACGUGGACGGGGAUUUGAAUCUGGUUCCUCAGCGAGAUGUCCCAUACAGCGGGCCAGUCAUGUUCAUCCAUGGGUUCAGUGCACAUGCAGAUGACACGGCACAGGUGGCCAUCACCGGACUACCGCUUAAGUCGCCGCAUGCUCUCAGGGAUAUCUUGGGUCUUGGCCAGACACUGCCAUACAGAUCUAAGAGAUCCCUGCUGGUCCCUCCUAUGAUUGUUACUGAGAACCAGAGAGCCUCCUUCCCCAAGGUCAUUGGCAGGUCUCAUGUGAUUUCAUCAGAGAAGUCAGGGAACCAUAUCUUCCGACUGACAGGCCCCGGUGCUGACCAGGACCCCAAAGGUCUCUUCACCAUUGACAUAGACACAGGAGAGGUGUCAGUCAGCCGCUCACUGGACCGAGAGGACUUUGACUCCUACGAGCUGGAAGUAUCAACCACAGACUUCGCUGGAAACCUUGUCGAGGGACCGGCCUUACUAUUGAUCACUGUCAUCGACCAGAACGACAACCGGCCCAUCUUCAAAGAAACACGUUACGCAGGAGAGGUGCUUGAGGGAUCCCCUACAGGAACCACAGUGAUGACAAUGACGGCGUUCGACGCAGACGACCCCGCCACAGAUAACGCCGCAUUGCGCUACAACAUCGUCAGGCAGUCGCCCGAUAAACCCUCCCCGAACAUGUUCUACAUUGAUGCAGAAAGAGGCGACAUUGUCACCGUCAUCUCCCCUACGUUACUUGACAGAGAGACACUGCCAACUACAACGUACGAGUUAGAGAUUGUGGCCAAGGACAUGGCAGGAAGUGAGGUUGGCCUAACGGGAACAGCCACGGCUACCAUUACCAUCACAGACAAGAAUGACCAUGCCCCUGAGUUCACACAUCCACUGUUCGAGGCUCAUGUGCAUGAGGGCAUGACGGGUGUGGUGGUCAACCUGACAGUAGAUGAUAGAGAUGACCCAGCCACAGGGGCAUGGAGAGCUAUCUACUCUAUAAUCAACGGAGAUCCUACACAGAGCUUUGAAAUCCAAACUAAUCCAGACAAUAACGAAGGAAUGCUGUCUGUUGUCAAGCCUCUGGACUAUGAAGCCACAGCGUUCCAUAAGCUAUUCAUCAAAGUAGAGAACGAGGACCCCCUAGUUCCCGAUGUUGGCUACGGCCCCAGCUCUACAGCCACUGUUCAAGUCACAGUCCUGGACUUUAAUGAGGGUCCUGUCUUCUUCCCUGACCCCCUGACAGUCACCAGGAUGGAAAACAUUCCUGUGGGCAGCUUUGUGGCCUCACUCAAUGCUACAGAUCCAGAUAUAUUACAGAUACAGAGCAUCAGGUAUACUAUUCUGCGAGACCCAGCAGGCUGGCUGAGUGUGAACCCAGUCAGAGGAACUGUCAACACUUCAGCCUCUCUGGACCGUGAGUCUCCUUAUGUCCAUGACAAUAAAUACACAGCUGUCUUCAUCGCCACAGACAAUGGGAGCCCUCCAGCCACAGGUACUGGCACAUUGGUCAUCAACCUCGAAGACUACAAUGAUAACGCCCCCUAUGUGGUGCCAUCAGUAGCACGAGUGUGUGAAGACGCCCACGAUAUGAAUGUGGCCAUAGUUGGUGGGCGGGACAAGGACCUGCCGCCCAAUGCCGCACCCUUUAAGAUAGAACUGGGAAAACAGCCCGGCCUAGACAAAACUUGGAAAGUUACCAGGGUCAACUCUACACACUCGCAAAUCAUGCUUCUGCACAGUCUGAAGAAAGCCAACUACCAGCUUCCGUUGCUCAUCACUGACUCGGGGGUGCCACCUUUGUCCAACAACACAGAGGUCAAAGUUCAGGUGUGCGUCUGUAAGAAGAAUAAGAUGCAAUGCAGCUCUGCUCACUCCCACAGCGCCAGCCUUCUCGUGCUGCUGGUGACACUCCUGCUCGCCCUACUCUGCCUGUAGAUUCUGCUGAAACCUCCCGUAGUCCUUUUUGCAACACUGAAAAGCAACGACUUAUCUCCCCCACGCAACCCAGGCUUAGGAGAGAAGAAGACGAAAAAGAAGAAGAAGCGAGAAGAAGUCUUCUCACCAUGACAAAUCAAACACGAAAAUACACACAAUCCCCCACCGGCACAACUGCUGUAUAACACCACUUGGCGUUAUUUUUGUUGUUGUUUUUUUUUAAUUCACUCACUUAUCCUUUUGUCACUCUCAUCUCCUUUUCUUCGUCUUUACUUUCCUUGUUGCAUCUGUCAGUCUCCUCUCAUCUGGUCUCGUCAUCUAUUGCUGAAUCUAUGUGACUCUCUUAGACUUUUUGUCUAUUGUUCCUCUCCCCACGUUCACCCUCCACACCAUCAAUUAAUUCAUUUCUUUGUACAGUUUUCAUUGUAUUCCAUUUUAGCACUGCACCAUUACACUGGCAGACAAACAUUGGGUGUUAGCAGCGUUCAUGGCAACAUGCCACAUCUGUAGGAGAUACUUGAAACACUAUGUAUAUUGAUAUUGUAACAAAACAAAAGCUAUAAAUCUAUUUCAUAUUGGACCUCACCUUUAAACCUCUGGUCUUUUCCCAAAGUUCAUCUGCCACUUUUUGCUCCAUCCCCAGCUGUCUUUUUUUUCCCCCUUCCCUCUUUUUCCUCUCAUAGCUACCUCUAUUCUACUUUUUCUUUUCCCCUCUGCUACAUCCCUCCUUCCUUCACCCUCCCCAUGCCAAGACAUUGUCCCACUAUCUAUCUGCCUCUCUUUUCCUGUCCCCAUGUUUAUCUAUCAACCUCUCUCUGUCUCUGGAUGGGCCAGGGAACACUGCGAAGGCUGAGCUACUGUCCUGGUCGGGGAAGAGCAUUGACUUUUGUGUGUUCCUUUCUUUUCUCGUCACAGACUGUGUUUGAUCUUGUUUCUCUCUUUCAUUGGAGAGAACAAAGCCUGUUUCUUUGUCUGCCGUGGUUGUGGUCUUUUAGGACAAGGUGGUAGCCAUAAGCCUUCAAACUCUCUGGAGUUGUUUCUUCGAUUUGCUUGUUUUUAUUGCAUUAGUUGUCAUGGAGUGGAAAACAGUAUAUCUUUAUAGUGACGGUGUAAACCUUAAAAAAAGUACUAUUAUAUAAAUAUUUUAUUUUUUACCAUUGUAUAAAUAUACAGUAUUGAUUAACUUAUGUACUUUGAUUGCAAGUUCUUUGGUCACCUACACAGUGAGUAAAUAAAAAAAGAGGAAACCUUUUUUCUGUGAAUUUUAGGCACUAUUUCUAAUGCUAUCGAUGUGUUGACUAUUUUAUUGUAACAUCUUUUUUUGUUAAGUUUGUUGUUUGUUUGUUUUUUUUGGUUCAAUUUUGUCUCCUGUCAAUUCUGCCCUCUCCUAUUCUCUCCCCAUCUCUGAUUACAAGUCACAAGAAGAUGUAUAAGAAGAAAACAAAAACAGAGGCCAUGGUUUUGGUGGAUAGUUUCGCUUUUCUCUCUUGCGCUCAUCAAAAGAACGUAGCGUGUGUGGGUUCGUGUGGAAGACCACCUUAAAGAAAAAGAUGACAUUUUGAAUGAGUUACGUCUGUCUUUUGCACUAAUUUAAUAAAGCCGUUACUGAAAAUUCC